UGUGUGUGUGUGUGUGUGUGUGUGUGUGUGUGUGUGUGUGUGUGUGAGUGAGUGUGAGUGUGAGUGUGAGACACAGGGGCGGUGCGGAGUUUCAGGCCGGCGGAGAGAGGAGAGGGUUGUGCCCCGCCUCUCUCGGACACGUUGCCCAGGGAGAGGCUGCACGGGCUGGAUGGGACUCCUGCCCGCCCGCCUUCCUGCGUCUGCUGGUUUCAUGGUUUCACUCCAUCAUCAUCAGUCGGCAGAGUCCGUCAGCGCGUCCGCACACACGCUGUCUGCUGCAUGCCCUCCACUCACUGAGCCGGACGGGAAACACACGGUUCACUUCUGGUGCGUGAUGCUCUCUGCUGGCUGAGUCUCUAGCUCCAACAUGUCGACCUCAGACUCGGAUUACUCCAUUGACUGGCUCGCCAGUGAUGAGGAUGACUACGACAGCCCAACGAGAUUAAGUCCUCAUCACGCAGAGGAGUCGCCAGUUCCUCCAUCAUCAACCUCGUCCUUAAGGGAACCUCCUACCAGCUGCCUCCACUCUGGAGCGACCCAGCAGAGGAUGAGGUGGAGCGACUACUGUGACUGUAAAAAUGGAGGCGGCUGUGGGGUUGACUCUGACUCUCCAGCCGCCCCACAGACUCCGACGCUCAGUCCCGUCCAGGGAUUAACUUCUGUUUGUGAGCAGCUUUCUGCCGGGGGGUCAAAGCAUCAUUCAACCAGGAAGCGAGCGCACAGCGCUCAUGUGCAGACACUCUGUGAAAAGACUCAACCAGACACUGAAAAUGAACUAUUCUCGCAGAAGUGCGCGGAGCUGCAGUGCUACAUCCAGCCUCUGUCGUCCAUCCUGCGGGGCCUGAGAUCAGGCAGGUACUCUGAACGUCUCAGCAGUUUCCAGGAGAGCGUCGCAAUGGACCGGAUCCAGAGAAUAACGGGGGUCCUGCAGAAUCCAAACAUGGGCGGACGCUUCCUCACCAUUAUACUGAAAAUAGAAGAAAUGCUUCAGAGUUGGUUCCCUCACGUCAGACCAAACCUGACCCAGACAGACGACUGCACUCCGGCUAAGAAGCAAAAGCAGCAUCAUCAUAGCAGUGCCUCCCCUCCUCCAUCCUCCCCGAUGUUGCUCUGCUCCUCAGACUCCUCCACCCGCCUCAAAUGGCUUCACAUGUCACCCAUCUGCUCCCUGAAGACGCUUGAAUCGACACUCUGCCAGCCCGCCACCGCCUUCCCUCUGCCCGCACGCUGCAGCCAGGAAGUGACCCAGGACAACGCCGUCUCCUCCAGCACCGACUUGCCCUCGGGGCCCCUGCACCCUCGCCUCAGCCGGGGGCCGCUGCCCUUCAAGAUCACCUUGCCAUGUCUGGUAAGACUCCUGCAGGCAAAGGAGAGCAUCAUCGCUCCCAGGACUGUGGGAGACUGAGGCUGGUUGUCUUGAGAGGACGCUUCACGUGCUGUGUGAGAACCAGAGGCUGAUCUGGGGUCAGAUCUUGGUCAGCCCGGAAUGUCAUCAUUCAGGCCCCACAUGGCUUCCACACAAGAUACUACAAGGCCUUAAAAGAGCAUGUUUCAAAGUCUUCUACAUCUUUCUUUUUAUUUGUUAUUCUACAGCGAACAUGCAGUUCACCCGGACUUCAAGUUCUUCAAAGAGUCCAAAUGAAAAAAUACAGGACGGGCCUCAGUUAAAAUGAGUUGAC